AUGGAAGAUUUCAACAAGCCCAUCCAACAUGAAAACUCUAAAUUGAUCAUACAAGUGGUGACAUACAUUAUCAUUUCUAUUGGACUUCCUUUGACCCUCGUGGCCAUCUAUGCUCUUUGUUCUCAGGUGCGAAAGGAUAAUGUUGCUCCAAUCUACGUCAUCAACCUUCUCAUUUCCGACCUCAUUCAGUUCUGCUGCAUGAUCGUUUGGGUGGCACGACCUAAGGACCUAAGGACCAUAGAUAAAAUAGACGGUCUCAUUUAUGGCUGUAGUCUGAUGGCCAGUGUUUGUUUCAUGGUGUGCAUCGCCCUGGAAAGGUAUUUGGUCAUCGCCUGGCCACUGUGGUACCGCUUCAGACGGACCAUCAAGAUCUCCGUGGUGGUCUGUGUCCUGGUCUGGAUCAUUUGUUUUGCCAUUGGCUUCAUUGUUGUAUUUUGGUAUAUUCCAGAGUUUUCAGUGAUCAUCUUAGCCAGCUUUUUCUUCCUUCCCCUCCCACUGCUCAUAAUGUUCCUGGGUGGGACCCUCAAAGCCCUGUCUGCUUCCGUCUCAGUUCCUGCUGAUGGGAAACGACGAAUUGUGGCAAUGUUGGUCCUGGUGUUGCUUAUUUACCUGCUGCUGUUCCUACCCAUGAUGAUCACGCUUCUGCAAGCACCUGACAGAUAUGACACGACCCUUCACAGCCUGUCUGGUGUAUUUCUUAAGAUGAGUCCUCUUGCAGACUUAUUUCUAUAUGUUGUCAUGAGGAAAGGGGCCAUAGACAAGCUUUUGGCCUUUGUGUUUUGUUGCAGAAUGGACAGCGAGGAUGUCAGCACUUCAACAGUAUGA